AUGGAAAGCAGGAAGGAAGAGCUCAAAAGAAACAGUAUCAAUGUUCAUCAGAGGCUAGGUACUGAUGUCCAUGUGUCAUCCGAAGACAUGGACAAGGAGAGGAGGAACACCCGGGCCUAUGAAUACCUGUGCAGGCUGGAAGAGGCAAAGUCCUGGCUGGGGGAGUUUAGUAGUGUACCUGAAUCAUUUGAGGAAUUUGAAGAAGAAAUGAGGAAGGGUGUGAUUCUCACUGACAUAUGCAGGAUAUUUGCACCCAGCUCUGUUAAGAAUGUCUUUGUUGAUUCCACUUUGCAAUAUAGGCAUACGGAUAACAUCAACUAUUUCUUAGAUGGAGUAAUGAAAAUAGGUUUGCCUGAAUAUUUCCAUUUCGAGGUGAUUGAUUUGUAUGAGAAGAAGAACUUUGUAAAAGUCAUAUACUGUGUUCACGCACUGGCACAUCUUUUGAGUUCGAAGGGAAUUUCUGGGAACAUCAAAAGUGCUAAAGGAAAGGUUUUUUCGCAUGACGACAUGGCAAGAGCCGAUGUACAGGUUGAGAAGUUACACAUGCCUAAGUUUGAUAACAUUGGCGAUGUGCUGAAGGAAAAGAUGGCCAUGGAGGCGGUAGACUCCGAAGAGAAUGAAGCGAAGAAGGAGGUCUUGGACCAAGAAAGCACGGCCGAGCCGCUUGAUAAGGAGGGAAGCUUCUUGUCUGAGGAUGUGAGUGUUUGUGAUGAAUCCUUUGACAUCCUCAAGUUGACUUUGAGGACGUUUCUGUACAAGAAGUGUUUUGACGACAUAUACUACAGGAAGGAUGUAUCCUUGUUUUCUAUCAGGAGGUUUGUGUUUAUUUUCUUCAGCAACUCAUCUGAAAUGGUUAAGGAAAAGCUUAUUGAGAACCUUCAUCACAAAAUAUCAAGGAAGUUUGAUAGCAUUUAUGCGAAGGAGGCGCAGAUAAAGGACAUCGAGACGAGGAUUAGACUGAUAGUUCAAAACAGAAUGGAAAUUGGGAACAUAACAAUCAAGAACCCGAUUCCAGAAGACGAAGAUACUCGGGACUUCGAAAGGGUGCUGCUGUUCCUGCAAAACAAUCCCAAGUAUCUUUCUGAGCUGCUUAGGAGUGUCAAUGACCCGGACAGUCUCAUUGUAUCUAUUGUUAUUCCCAUUUUCUCGAAUGUUUGUUCCAAGAAGGAGGAGUAUAUGUUCAUAAAUCUUGUGCUCGAGAUAUUCAGAAGGGAGCUUCUUGACAACGGACUAGAUGUGAGGAAGCUCGUUCCUAUUGACAUGUCUCUAGGAAUUCAUUCAAGCACCUUCUUCUCCCUUGAGCUGUUUAAAGAGAUUGAGUCACCCAUCCAUCACACCCUGGCAUCAGGGUCUGUUUGCCAUAAGCUUAUGGUUAACUAUUUCAGAGUGUCCCAGGGGAGCUUCAGCCUAAGAGACAAGAUUCUUCAUGUUGUGAAGAACCUAGAGAACAUUGAAGUAGAUGCCAAUCCUGUCCUUAUCUACAAGAUGCUGUUCAACCAAAGUGCAUCUGCAGAUAAGGCACUGGAAAAUGAAAGAGUUAGAGAGGCGGUUCAAACAAGGCUUAUGGUCAUGCGUGGGGUGAUUUCGUCUGCCUUGGAUCUUUUAGAGUCGAGUGUCGAGUCCAUUCCAUACAUACUCAGGUACUUCCUCAAGCUUUAUGGAGCAGGGAUGUUUUACACCGAAUUUGUGAUGCCCUUCAUCUUGGCUCCUGAUGCAUUUAUUGAAUCGUUUGAGGUCAGCAAGUCCCUCAGAAACAAAUGCUUUAUAAUAUCAAAGGUUUUGGAGCACAUAGCAGACCGGGCAACAAGCUUUGAUGAGUCUGAUAAUGAUGAGGAAGAGAAGAAUGACGGAAUAGGCGGACCAUCCUUCUCCAAUGGGGAGAGAAAGAGCUUUGAGCUCAAAUUCUAUUCGCCUCUCUAUUCCUUCUUUAGAAGAUGCCGCGAAAGGUACCAGGCAAUCCUUUCCAGGCUCACGGAUGUCUCUAGUCUUGACCACUAUUUCCAGUUUGAGUCAAUGAACGAGCUGGGGAAGCUCAAGCGAGCUACAGUGCACCUUCCCAGUAGCACUGCCAACCAAUUGAUCACGCUUCUUCUAAGCAAUGCGAGGCUGCUAGGCCCGGAGAUGUGCGAGAUUCUUGAGUCUUUGCCUCUGUUCCCGGAUGACCAUAACAAGACUCUCUCGUUCACUUUCUUCGGCCCUGAAUGGAUAUGCUCUCAGGACCCGGAAAAGAUAGCGUUGGACAACUUUGUAAGGGGGCUGAAGAAGAAGCUUAUAUAUGCUAUAUCGGUGUGCAAGGGAAGGAAUCUGGUGGAGAUGCUCUUAAGGGAAUCUGACGAAGAAGAAAGGUCCUCCUAUCUCGAAAUGAAGAGGCACAGCUUUUGCAGCAAGAACGAGGAGGACGAGUCAUCGAUAGCUUCUCCUCCAUCGCAGUAUGAGUCCAUCGACCAACUGAAGGAGUCCAUCAUUGACGACCUGAACUUCUUGGAGGACAAAAACGUCACUAGCAGGCAUAACCUUUACUCGGAACUUCUGUUUAUGUUAGCCCAAGACAUAGUCAUCUUGAGAUUCAUGUCAGAGGAAAGAAGCAAGGAGCUCAGGAUAAAUGAGAUCAGCUACGACAAUCUAUGCUACAGAGAUGAUUACCUAUCUGGAAAGAUAGAGUUGUACCAAAGCUAUCUUAAUUCCUUCGUUGCAAAGCUGGCGAUUAAGAAGAGGUCCCUGUUUGGGUUCAGUGGUAUUGAUGAUAUUGCCAGGGAUUCUAAAUACGGGACGCACAAGUACAGUGCAGAGAAGCUUAUGAGUAUGGGCGUGCUGGUCCAGGUGUACGAUUCUCCUGACAUCUCUGAAAUAUUCUUCCUAUUCCUUUCUGAGGCCCCUCUCCUUUUUAGCGUAGAGGUUUAUGUCCAAAACAUUCUGGUUUCUCAUCCAGUCUCAUUUAGGUUUGAUGACCUUCUUAAGCUGAGAAAAAAUGGAAACAACAUUUGUGAUAUAGCAGGAAUAUGCUCUUUCAGCGUAUGUAGAUUCAUUGAUCUCGUAAAUUCUAAGUAUAUCGGAAGCGAAAUAUAG